UAGGCAUUUACUUACCAGUACCUGUCAUCGGAACAAAAACAGCAGUUUCAAGUUCCAGUCGAAAACCCCUCUUUCUCUCUCCGCCAUGAGAGGACCUUCAAGAAGCUUGACCAUCCUGAUACUUACCUUAAUCUCAAUCUCAAUCGAAGCAGACGACAACAACCAUGCCUACUCCCCUUGCCGGGACACUAAAAUCCAGAAAAGCGACGGAUUCUCAUUCGGCAUUGCGUUCUCAUCGAGGCUUUCUUUCUUCUCCACAAACAAUCCCUCGAUCCAGCUCUCUCCUUGCGACAGACGACUUUCGCUCUCCUCCACCAACUCUCAAGUCGCACUUUUCCGCCCUAAGGUUGACGAGAUCUCGCUCCUUACAAUCAACACAUCAUCCUUUUCACCGGAUUCAGCUGGUGGUUUUAUGGUGGCUUUUGCUGGCUCAAAAUAUGCUGCAAGAUCUCUUCCUACAUUUGUUGCAAAUAGCACCCAUAUAGUGACUAGUUUUACUCUGAUUCUAGAUUUUAAGCAAGGUCGCCUGCAAAAUCUGUUUUGGAAAAGGGAUGGUUGUGCAUCAUGUGAAGGCAAAUCGAAGUUUGUCUGCAUGAACAAUCUUUAUUGUGGAGUCAGAAUGAGUGACUGCAAGAAUCGAGGUGGCAAUAUGGAUUGCAGCCUUGGCAUCCAAGUGGCCUUUUCUGGUACAGAUAAACAUUAUACCGUUCUUAACUCUUGGUAUGAAGUGGAGAAGCUUCGACAAUAUUCGCUAUUUGGUCUGUAUUCCAAUUUGCGGAAGUCUAUCACUGAUCAAUUCAACAACAUCUUCUGAUUUUGCUGCUGUGUGUUAUAUUAUGUGGUUUCUCUGCGUUUGGGAUUUCGCACAAUCCCUCCAUUUAUUCUUCUCUGAUCCUCCAGCAGUCUUCUGUGUGAAAAUCUGUAACAUGUUUUGGUAUGUAAUGGUUUAUUUUUCAAGAAAUUUACAGUGUAAAUUUGAGGGAGAUCAUAUGAUUUAUUAAUAGCUCGUUGUACUGACAACUGAUAUGUAUCAUUAUGCCUCGUAAUAUUUGACCUUUGCUUUGA